AUGAGGACCUCCUUGUUCAGGAAGGUGGUAUUCUCUCCACUGGUACUCGGAAUACUGGGAUACCCAAGCUCAAGUCUCGCAGCUGAAGGCGGGAAGGCCGAAAUCGUCGACAGCCCAAAGGUCACAUUCGAGCAGCAGAUUCAAACUGCCGAGGCGACGAAAAACGACGUCGAGAGAGAAAGACUGUUGUCAACGCUUUCCCGGGACUAUGGAACAUGGUCGCCAAAUCAUCCUCGCUAUCGGCUUCUUGACGCACUUUACGGGUUUUCCAAAUAUUACGAACUCCAGAGGGCGGACAUAGAUCGGCUUAGGGGUCUUUACAAGCAUGUAUCCAGACCCCAGAAUGUUAAUAACAAGGACUUGGAUCAACAGCUGCUCGAGAAACACCUGGGCUAUUCCUCUAAGUUUAAGCAAGUUGAGCAAAAGCUCGCCACGAAUCAACAUGUAUGCGAUGAUAUUGUCCAAGCUGCGCUAAGCUUCUACAAUAUUGGAAUGAAAGAACUACAGGAUCAUAUACGCGAAAGAGAAGCUGAGGGAAGACAUGCGGACAAAGUAUCCAUUUCCCAGUCUCUAAAGCACAUUGUUCGUGACUGGACGAGUGAGGGACUUAAUGAAAGGAAUACCACAUUUGCAUGCCUCAGUAAUACACUGGAACAGCUGUAUCCAGAUCGAAAUCGCCUGCAAGAAGAUGUUCGUAUAUUACUACCCGGCGCAGGUCUAGGCAGGCUGGGUCACGAAAUCGGUCACCUUGGUGGUUCGUCUUACUACCAUGGGAAUUCUGUUGCAUAUUCUAAUUCUUGUACAGGGUUCGAAGUCACCGUCAACGAGUGGUCCAUGUACAUGAAUGUGAUAUAUAGGUUUCUUGAAACCCAAACAACGCCACUCUCACAAUCUGUUCACCCCUUUGUUGAUGGCUGGUCACAUCACGCAACAGGCGACAACAUGAAUCGCGCGGUACGCUUCCCAGAUGUAUCUUUCAGCCCAUCCAGAGUCGUCAUGGUUGAAGGUGACUUCACCACCGAGUUCAAACAUCAGUCAGAGCACUAUGAUGCAGUCCUAACCUACUUCUUCAUCGACACGGCAAGAAACCUCAUGUCAUAUUUCGACACCAUCAAGGAUGUGCUCAGGAAAGGAGGUGUUUGGAUCAAUCUUGGUCCGCUGCUCUACGGCACUAGACCCUUUGUGCAGCUCAGCCUGGAAGACAUCCUCACCGUCACAGAAGCAAUGGGCUUCCAAUUUCUAGAGACUGACGCAGUUUGUGGUACUCCAACCUAUUCGGAACAGACGGUGCGGAGUAUAGAGGCUGUUUACAGCUUUGAUCACAUGGCCUUGACCAAGAAUGCGUACAAUGCUCAGUUUUGGGUAGCCAGGAAACUCUAG